AUGUCCGUCGCUGCAACCCUGGCCCGUGGUCGCCUCGUGCUGCGUCAACCGGCUUUGAGGCCAUCAAACCGCAGACGCUUCGCAACUGCCACCGAAUCGUUUUUCCCCAAUGAACCGACAAAGCCUCUUGUUUCGACAGUCAUCCCCGGACCCAAGGCACGGGCUGCCCUGGCUGACAUCGACGAUGUGUUUGACACCAACAAUGUCAAUAUGGUGACUGACUUUGAACGCAGUAUUGGAAAUUAUAUUGCGGAUCCAGACGGCAACAUGCUGCUCGACGUUUAUGCUCAAAUCGCAUCUAUUGCCAUUGGAUACAACAACCCAGCGCUUCUUGCUACUGCACAAUCUCGCGCCAUCCAGACAGCUCUGGUUAAUCGCCCUGCAUUGGGAAACUUUCCCCAGCAUGACUGGGCCGAUAUCUUGCGAGAUGGUCUUUUGAAGGCUGCCCCCAAGGGCCUCGAGAAUGUUUUUACCUCGACGACCGGAUCAGAUGCAAAUGAACUUGCGUACAAGGCGGCUUUCAUGUGGAAGCGUCAGCAGCAACGCGGGGAUGUCGAAUUUACCCAGACGGAGAUCUCAUCGGCCAUGGAUAAUAAGGAACCUGGAGCCCCUAAUCUCUCCAUUCUAUCCUUCAAGCAAGGAUUCCACGGUCGCCUUUUCGGAAGCCUCACGACAACGAGAUCCAAGUUUAUUCACAAAAUCGACAUUCCUGCCUUCGAUUGGCCAGCCGCUCCAUUCCCCAAGCUGAUGUAUCCCCUCGAGGAUUUUGCCGCAGAAAACAAACUGGAGGAAGAAAGAUGUCUACAAGAGACUGAGCGUCUAAUUACAGAAUGGCAUUGUCCACCAGUCGCUGUCAUUGUGGAGCCAAUCCAGUCCGAAGGUGGCGAUAACCAUGCAAGCCCUGCGUUUUUCCAGCGCCUGCGCGAGUUGACCACCAAGCACAACAUUCUUUUCAUUGUAGACGAGGUUCAAACGGGCGUUGGUGCGACUGGCAAGUUCUGGGCACACGAACACUGGAAUCUCCCAACGCCCCCUGACAUGGUCACAUUCUCCAAGAAGGCACAGGCCGCGGGAUACUUCUACAGCGACAAGAGGCUGCGCCCCAGCAAGCCUUAUCGUCAAUUCAACACUUGGAUGGGUGACCCGGCCCGGGCUCUUUUGUUCAAAGCCAUGUUCCAAGAGAUACAACGCCUGAAACUCGUCGAGAACACGGCUGAUGUCGGAAGUUAUCUAUACUCUGGUCUGAAGAGACUCCAGGAGCGCUACACUGGGCAAAUCAUGAACCUGAGAGGCCAAGAUCGGGGUACUUUUAUUGCCUUUGAUUCACCAAAGAGAGACACCUUGAUCAGAAAUUCCAAGGCAAUGGGCUUGAACAUUGGCGGUUGUGGAGAACAGUCCAUCCGACUGAGGCCAAUGCUGGUAUUUCAAAAGCGUCACGCGGAUCUGCUCCUCGAACUACUAGAGAAGUUGAUCAAGCAGUAA